AUCGAUUCCUCAAUUUUGAAUCUAUAGCUUAUACGAGCUCAAUUGCCAAUUGAAUCAUUACUUUUUGCCUCAAAUUUAAGUGUCAAGCUCAACCUUUUGUCCUGUUUUAACUUUUUAAUCCAAUUUUAAAUCACUAUGAUUUCUCGCGGCGCUAUUAUUUUCCGCCAGCUAUUCGACAGGUCUUGUUGUGGUUAUUCUUAUCUAAUUGGUGAUCGGUCUCAAAAUAUCGCGUUGCUAAUUGAUCCUGUGUUGGAAUGCGUUGAUCGAGAUCUCAAAUUAACUAAUGAGUUAGGACUUGAGCUCAAAUAUGUUUUGAAUACUCAUGUUCAUGCUGAUCACAUUACUGGAUCUGGGAUGAUUAAAAACCGAUUAAAUACUAAAGAAAAUUUAAAAGUGAUGAGCAUAAUAUCUGAAUCAAGUCGUGCUCAGGCAGAUAUAUGUGUUAGUGAUGGUGAAGUCAUUGAUUGUGGGUCGAUCAAGCUGACGGUAGCAUAUACUCCAGGUCAUACCAAUGGUUGUAUGAGUUUGAUUGACCACUUGAAUAGACGAGUAUUCACUGGUGAUACCCUAUUCAUCAGAGGCUGUGGUAGAACCGAUUUUCAGAAUGGCUCGGCAUCUAAACUUUAUGAUUCAGUUCAUUCGCAGUUGUUUACGUUGCCUGAUGAAUAUAAUGUUUUCCCAGCCCAUGAUUAUAAUGGUCAAUCGGUGUCGACUGUUGGGGAAGAAAAGAAAUUCAAUCCAAGGCUAACAAAAUCAAAAGAAGAGUUCAUCAAAAUUAUGGAAAAUUUGAACCUUGAUUAUCCUAAAAUGAUGGAUGUUGCUGUACCGAAAAACAUGAUUUGUGGUGGUUGAUUAACGAUAAAUUAAUUUUGUGUAUGUCUCUCUGCAUUGUCCAUUCCUUUCAUCAGUGAGAAUAUUUAAAAAAUAAUCUUAACUAUUAGAUGGAAUCAAAAAAUGUUGUGACUUUUAGAAAUGCAUCGAUUAUACUCAAUCGGCUCAAUAUAUUGACGCUUCUAGUCAAUCUUUAUUUUUCAUUCCUGGUCUGUCGAUUUUGUCAAUUAUAUUUGUAUUCUCACUUCUCUCGUAUAUUCUCUUGCUAUAUUCAUCGAGUUCAAAAUUACAUAAACCUGUAUAUUUUUAAUUCAGUCAGCCUUUCAAGCUCAAAUAAAUAUAAUUUUAUAGAUA